AUGUCGGUCUCUGUUCGCACGACAUCCUCCAAAGGUCCCAGGACUGUGACCUCAAAGUCCAUUAUCACCAAGUGUCGGGGUGGUUCCACGAUCUUUCCACAGAAAGCCUACAGCAUGUAUGGAGGUGGCUUAGGAGGAAGCACCCGCAUCUCUUCCAGCUCACUGCAAUCCAGAAUUGGAGGAUAUGGUGGAGGAUACAGUGGAGGAUACGGUGGAGGAUACGGGGGAGGAUAUGGUGGAGGAUACGGUGGAGGAUACGGUGGAGGAUAUGGUGGAGGUUUUGGUGGAGGAUUUGGAGCAGGCAUAUUACCUGGAGGCUGUGUUGUAAAAGACUUUCAGCUGAAUGAGAAAGCCACCAUGCAGAACCUGAACGACCGUCUGGCGUCCUACCUGGAGAAGGUGCGCUCACUGGAGGCUGCCAAUGCCAUCCUGGAGAGGCAGAUCCGCGAGUACUAUGAGAAGAAAGGGCCAAUUGCACAGAGGGACUACAGCCACUACUGGAACACCAUCAAGGACCUUAAGGACAAGAUUAAAAAUGCUACCAUCCACAACGCCAACAUCCUCCUGCAGAUUGACAACUCUAAACUGGCUGCUGAUGACUUCAGACUGAAAUAUGAGCAUGAGGUGGUGAUGCGGCAGUGUGUGGAGUCUGACAUCGCUAACCUGCGCCGCUUGCUGGACCAGACGAUCCUGGCAAGGGCCGACCUGGAGAUGCAGAUCAAGGGUCUGGAAGAAGAGCUGGCAUUUAUGAAGAAGAACCACCAGGAGGAGCUGGCUGCACUGAGGUCACAGCUCACAGGCACAGUGAACGUAGAGGUUGAUGCUGCUCCUCAGCAAGACCUGAACAAGGUUCUGGAGGAGGUCCGUGCUCAUUAUGAGAACAUCAUUCAGAAACACCGCAGGGAACAGGAAGACUGGUUUAAAGACAAGACGGCAGGGUUGAACAAAGAGGUGGCCCACAGCACAGAGAUCAUUCAAACGUCCAGGUCACAGGUCACAGAGCUGCGAAACACCUUACAGAGUCUGGAGAUCGAGCUACAGUCUCAACUCAGCAUGAAAGCAGCACUGGAAAACUCACUGUUGGAAACAGAGGCUAGGUACAGCUCUAUGCUAGCAGGGUACCAGAACCAAAUCAACAUGCUGGAAGCCGAGUUGGCUCAGUUGAGAGCGAGCAUUGAGCAACAGGGACGAGAUUACGCCUUGUUGCUGGACAUCAAGGCUCGUCUGGAGCAGGAGAUUGCCACCUACAGGAGCCUCCUGGAAAAUCAAGACAUUAAGACUCAAAUUCCAGGUGGCUUUAUCACUAUCUCGGGUGGAUCUCAAUCCUCCGGUGGGUCCCACAUUAUCACAUCUGGUGGAUCUCAAUCCUCUGGUGGUUCCCACAUUAUCAAAACUGGUGGACCAACAAUCCAAAUAAAGCAAACCACCUCCACUUCACACCGUACUUACUAAA